AUGGCUGACCCGACUAACUCGGAGACCGAGUCAAGCUUCAACUCACCCUCUUCCCCUUCCCCAUCCUCAUCUGGGUUUUCGCAGUCCUUGCCAAACUCGGCCCAAAACCCAUUACCCGGAAGCUCCGACUCGCCCGACCCGGACCAGAAACGGGCCAAGCGAGCUCGAGAAACCAGCAGCAAGCACCCGGUUUACAGAGGGGUCCGAAUGCGGACCUGGGGCAAAUGGGUAUCCGAAAUCCGCGAGCCCAGGAAGAAGAAUCGGAUCUGGCUCGGCACGUUCUCGACUCCGGAGAUGGCCGCACGUGCCCACGACGUGGCGGCUUUGUGCAUCAAAGGCAACUCGGCGAUCCUCAACUUCCCCGGACUCGCCGGGUCGCUGCCCCGACCCGAAUCGAACUCGCCCCGAGACAUCCAAACCGCGGCUGCCAAAGCCGCUUCCAUGGAGAUCACGCUAAACGCAGCUCCCCCACCGUCACAGUCAUCAUCACCAGCAUUGUCACAGUCGUCGUCGUCGUCAUUAUCAUCAUCAUCAUCGUCAUCCUCAUUGGUGGGUCCCACAACAAGUAGUACAACAAGCGGGGACGCGGGAACGCCAGAGGAGCUGAGUGAGAUAGUUGAGCUGCCGAGUCUGGGGACGAGUUACGAGUCGGCCGAGUCAGGGAACGAGUUCGUGUUUGUGGACUCGGUGGAGGGGUGGCUGUACCCUCCACCGUGGUGGCACAACAGUUAUUUUGAGGAGGAGUAUGGGUAUAAUAGUAUUAUCAAUGAUAUUAGGGAUGAUCAAAUGUUAAUGCCUGAACCACCAGCAGCGGCAGAGUGCUUUGUUGAUGCCUUAUUGUGGCAACAUUAA